URAAAAGCUGAUACGGUGACGAUGUCGACAAAAGAAAAACACGCCGCAACAAUGGCGAACGCCACCGCGUGGAUGGCGGUUCGUCUUUUGGUGGUAUUUGCAUUGCUUGCUCCGACGCAGCGAUGGUUUGCGGAGGGCUUGCAGACCGGAUGUCCGCCGCCGCUMCGGCUCAAGAAGUUGCUCGAAUCGGAGAUGGACGGUACCCGGGAUUCCGACAAGCCAAUCCUGCUUCCCUGUUGCUACGAUGGUCUUACGGCCCGGCUCAUCGCCCGGGCAGGCUUCGACGCCACCUUCAUGACCGGAUUCGGUGUAUCGGCCGUAAACGGAUACCCCGACACGCAGCUUGUAUCGUAUGGCGAGAUGCAGUCCCAGACCAACAUUGUAGCGGAGGGCCUUUCGAGCGCGGCCCUGGAACUGGGGAGAGACCCGAUCCCCUGUAUCGCGGACGGMGACACCGGGUACGGCAACGCUGUGAACGUGAAACGGACCGUCUUUGGGUACGCCCGCGCCGGGAUGGCGGGGAUCAUGAUCGAGGACCAGGUUUCACCCAAGCGCUGCGGGCACGUGGCCGGGAAAUCGAUCGUUCCCCUCGGUGAGGCCAUCGCCCGGGUAAAGGCGGCCUGCGAUGCCAGGGACGAGUACGAAUCCCAGUUCGGCGCCGGGACGGGGCCCCUCGUCCUCGCGCGGACCGAUGCCCUCAAGCCGGAGGGAUUCGAGGCCGCCAUCGAGCGGUGCCUAGCCUUUCAGGAAGCGGGGUGCGACAUGACGUUCCUGGAGGCGCCCGAGUCCAUCGAGCAGAUGGAGGAGUACUGCCGGAGAGUGAAGGGACCCAAACUCGCCAACAUGCUGGAGCAGGGAUGUGAGUGCCUUGUUUGAAGAAUUAGCGACCCGCCAUGGCCAUUUUCGAGGAAUCGUUCGUUUGUAGAACCGCCAAAGGAACGGUGGACGAUAUUCGCGGUGAAUUUGAAACCAAUGUAUUCCUAGAAYAYCCGCGGUGUCUAACUCUGGUUCUCAACCCUUUUGAUUUGAUUCCRCCCGUCGUUUCUUCGUCGUCACAGCGACCCCGGUACUGUCSCCCCAGGAACUCAAGGCAAUGGGCUACACCAUGGCAGCMUAUCCCCUGACWCUUCUCUCCGCUUCGAUAAAGGCCAUGACSGAAUCCCUGGAACGCAUCCAGCAGGGCACRGCUACGGACGACAUCAUUUCUACUUUUACAGAAACAAAAGACGUGGUUGGCUUCACAAAGUAUGCAUCGGAAGAACAACGGUACAAGGCAGACUAAAAUCAAGUAUUAGCAAACAG